AAAAAGAGGAAAAAAAGUAAAUCAAACAAAAACAGAGCUAAAAAGCAACAAAACCAGACCGUACGAGAGAAACAAAAAGCUCCAUUACAGUGAAAGCAUCUCUAAUCUCUCUCCUUCUUCUUCAAUACAACCAACUCCAAACUCUUGAUCGAACUUCGCCGACCUUUUUUUAAACAUUCGAGAGCCUAUUCUGUAUAACGUCGUCUUUUUUUAACUUCACUGUAGGUACUGUACAUACAGAACCCUCCUCUCCCCUGUAUAAUUCCAUGGAGUUGUACGGUCGCAACAACACGGCGAGGAAUGGGUCUCAGUCCAGUUAUCAGCCCAAAUGGAACCCUCCAACCGGCUUCGAAGAAUCGAUGUGGCAAUUCGACCCGAAAGUCACUGAAUCAUAUCCGGAGCGACCUGGAUUGCCCGACUGUGUGUACUACAUGCGAACUGGAACAUGCGGAUAUGGUAGUAGAUGCCGAUACAAUCACCCUCGAAAUCGGGCUGCGGUGGAGGCUGCAGUUAGGGCUACAAGGGAAUACCCAGAAAGACCAGGGGAACCACUGUGUCAGUUUUACAUGAAAACUGGAACCUGUAAAUUUGGUGCAUCCUGCAAAUUCCACCAUCCAAAACAUUCAGGCAGUUCCAUGAGUCACGUUCCAACGAAUACGUUUGGAUACCCACUACGACCGGGUGAAAAAGAAUGCUCCUACUAUUUAAAAACGGGGCAGUGCAAAUUUGGUAUAACAUGUAAAUUCGAUCACCCACAACCAGCUGGUACAUCAACACUGGCAUCUGCACCCCAGUUUUAUCCUUCGGUGCAGUCUCCUUCAGUUCCCAUGUCUGAACAGUACAGGGGGGCACCCACCAGCUUGAGGGUAGCAAGACCUCCACUUUUAGCUGGUUCUUAUUUUCAGGGGGCUUAUGGUCCUGUGCUGUUUUCCCCUGGAGUUGUACCUUUUUCUGGUUGGAGUCCUUACUCGGCUCCUGUGAGUCCUGUGCUAUCUCCUGGUGCCCAACCUGCACUUGGAGCAACUUCUCUAUAUGGAGUAGCACAGCUAUCUUCUUCAAUGCCUGCACUUACAGGACCUUAUUCCUCCUUACCUUCCUCUACUGGUCCUUCAAGUAGUGGGCAGAAGGAACAAUCUUUUCCAGAGAGACCCGGUGAACCUGAAUGCCAAUUCUUCUUGAAAACUGGGAACUGUAAAUUUGGAUCAUCUUGUAGGUAUCAUCAUCCUCGGGAUAGGAUUGCACUGAGAUCAAAUUGUGCCCUCAGCCCACUUGGUCUCCCUAUUCGUCCGGGGGUGCGGCCUUGUGUUUUCUACUUGCAAAAUGGAUACUGCAAGUUUGGGUCCACAUGCCAAUUUGAUCAUCCAGUGGGCACAAUGAGAUAUAGUCCAUCAGCGUCCUCCCUCAUUGAAAUGCCUGUUGCUCCCUACCCAGUUGGCUCGUUGCUGUCUACUCUGGCCCCUCCGUCCUCUUCUUCUGAGCUGCGGCCUGAACUGAUUUCCAAGAAGGAUUCUAUAUUGAGCAGAAUUCCUUCUUCUGGAAAUAGCUCAAAUAGUUCUGUUGGUCUGAUUUUCUCUCAGACUGGGCCUGGUCCACUUUCUGACUUGCAGCUUUCAGGUCAGACUUCUAUUCCUUUAAGCAGUAGCAGAAGUACAAGGCAGGGAGUUGAAGUUCGUCGUUCAAGUUGAUGUAUAACAUGAAAGUAAUUCUUCAUUAGCCCCCAAAUGUGGUUUCUCUAGUCUUUAUAUGUUUCUUGUUUAUAGAUCUCAGUAAAUUAUAGUCAAUUGUGCAAAGUUUACCUAUAGUUGUCAGGCUUUAUCAGUCAAUCUGGUUUGCCUCACCAUAGGAUUGAUUGUCUUAUAUGAUCAUCUUUGUGUCCAUCUAAAUAAGCUUCAAUAGCAAACACCAUAUGAACACUUCCUCAAUCUCCCAAAUAAUAGCAACAGAGGCAAUGAUCAGGCCGACUUCCUACUUGUUUAACUUUGGACCUUUUAUAUCUCUGUGUCAUAUGACCAAUUAUGCAAUGGAAAGAAUGAUCAGUUCCAUGAAUUACUCAGCCAUGCUAUUCAUGUCUUUCUUACUCGUAGAUUGUAUUCCUUGUGUUACUUUGCUGUCUAUUCAUGCCUCUCUCAAAGUUAUGGGGAUAAACUUCCAAUUUUGGUAUCUUUGAACUUAUACGUUUGAUUUUAUAGGGUUAGUUUCCCCCCAUCUGGUAGGUCUUACUCUUAUGAGGACAUUUUGAAGGUCCCAAGAAGGCAUACUGCAACUUCAUUUGAGGAUACAAGAGAACUAGUGUCCUUAAGGGUCUUUAUAUGUAUUGGAUGAGUGAGAAAGCUUCUGUAGAAAUUCUCUUAUUUCUCUCCAUUGAUUUAUAUUAUGUAAGAUAAGACAUUAUGGGACCUUGAGAAUUACUUAAUUUAUGGCAAAGAUUGCUGUCAAAUUUCAAGUAUUAUAUUGAAAUAUUAGUACUUGUGUAA